CAUUGAUAUAAACCGCAUUAAAAUCCGUUGUGUGUCCCAACAUACAGACAGCUGGAAGCGAUAGAAGAACUAAAUAGACUACAGUAAAUUAUUAUUAUUUAUACUACAGUCUGUAUCUGAUUGCAGGUGGUGGACCGUAACACGCCGUGGGAGGGCGGUCUGGUGGCGGUGAACUCGUUCGGGUUCGGCGGCGCCAACGCGCACGUGAUCCUGGAGGUGGAGCGCGGGGCGGGCGCGCGCGCGCUGGAGGCGACGUACGCGGUGCCGCGCCUCGUGCUGGCGUCCGGCCGCAGCGACGCCGCCGUGCGCGCGCUGCUGCAGCUCGCCGCCAACCAUCCGCGCGACGCCGGCCUGCACGCGCUGCUCGACGCCGUGCAUGCGCGCAACCAGCCCGGACACGCCCACCGCGGAUACGCGCUGUUGGCGGACUACCAGGAGGAGGUCGAGGAUUUCGAGGGCGGCGAGCCGCGCCCGGUGUGGUUCGUGUUCUCGGGCAUGGGCUCGCAGUGGGCGGGAAUGGCGCGGACGCUGAUGCACCUGCCCGUGUUCGCGCAGAGCAUCGAACGUUCUGCCACUUUGCUGAAGGAGAAUGUUGAUUUAACUUAUCUGCUCACAGAAGCCCCAGAAACUGCAUUUGAUAAUGUCAUCAACUCCGCAGUUUGUAUCACCUCAGUACAGAUAGCACUCGUAGAUGUGUUGCGCUCAGUCGGUAUACGGCCAGAUGGCGUAAUCGGACACUCCCUUGGCGAGUUAGGCUGCGCGUACGCGGAUGAGACGCUAACAGCAGAGCAGACGAUACUGAUAUCGUACUGCCGUGUACAGAGCAUAGUGGAUACGAAGCUGCCGCCGGGCGCCAUGGCGGCGGUGGGGCUCAGCUGGGAGGAGUGCCUCGCCCGCUGCCCGCCAGACGUCUACCCGGCGUGCCAUAACGGCGUGGACAGUGUCACGAUAUCGGGGCCUGUAGAGUCCGUGAAGGAGUUUGUGUCGAAGUUGUCUGAGGAGGGCGUGUUCGCGCGGCUGGUGAACAGCAGCGGCGUGGCGUUCCACAGCAGGUACGUGGCGCCGACGGUGCCGGCGCUGCGCAGGAGACUCGAGCGACUCAUACCGCAGCCGCGGCCGCGCUCCCCGCGGUGGGUGUCCACCUCGCUCGCGCCCGACCAGUAUCACACUAGCGUCGCUAAACUUAGUGACGUAGAAUAUCACAUCAAUAAUUUGCUUUCACCUGUACGAUUCAUCGAAGCAUUGUCGGCGGUACCGGAACGAGCUAUCGUCAUAGAAUUGGGGCCCCACGCGUUACUACAAUCCGUAUUGAAACGCGCGCUGCCUGCGCCGGCGGUUCACGUUCCAUUGUUGCGGCGCGACCACCCCUACCCGCUGCGCCACCUGCUGCAGGCGCUGGGCCGCGCGUACGUGGCCGGCGCGCAGCCGCACGUGGCCGGCCUGUACCCGCGCGUGCCCUGGCCCGUGCCGCGCUGCACGCCCGGCCUCGCCUCCAGCGUGCGCUGGGACCACUCCAUCGAGUGGGCGGUCGCCGACUGCUCCUCGACCUCCCGAUCCGGUCAAAAUAUCAUAGAAAUCGACCUCUCCCGUGCUGAAGACUCGUUUUAUGCAGGACAUCAAAUAGAUGGUCGCAUUUUAUUUCCAGCUACCGGAUAUUUGGUAUUGGUAUGGCGCACAGUGGCAAAACUUCAUAAUAAAACUAUGGAUGAAACGCCAAUCAUAAUAGAAAAUGCACAUUUCAGACAAGCUACCAUACUAAAUCGAGAAACACCAUUACGCUUUAUGGUUACCAUCCUAGAGGGCACUGGUGAAUUCAAUAUUUGCGAAGGUGAAUCUACUAUAGUGACAGGACAAGUGCGACUUGCGGAAGAUCAAGAUAUGGAAUGUCUUAUUUCAGAUGAUGACGAAUAUUCAGUAUCAGAAGUUGAUUCACUUUCUCUAGAUGAAGAAGAUAUUUACAAAGGACUACGGUUGCGCGGCUACGAAUACAGUGGCGUGUUUCGUGGCAUACGUAGUGCAGAUGAUCUUGGCGAACGUGGCCACCUUACGUGGGCAGAUAACUGGAUUUCAUUUAUGGACACAAUGUUGCAAUUCGGGAUACUACCACUGAACAGUCUGUACAUACCGACUCGGAUCAACCGUGUCACUAUAAAUCCAUUGAGACACAAGAAAGCGCUCAUUGAGGGAGAUUCACUGUCUGUGCGUAUGCAGCAUGAUAUCAACAUAGUAACAUCCGGUGGUGUCGAGUUACGUGGUCUCAAGAUGAGCCUGGCACGACGUCGCCGUAAUGUACAAGCAGCACCUAAACUUGAACGAUACCAAUUUUGUCAAUACGAUAGCGUUCAUUUGACAAACAACGAAACUCCUUCGAAAGAGGACGCACUUACAGUAUGCCUACAAAUCGCACUUCAGAACUACAAUACGAUGAAACUUAGAAUUGUCGAAGCCGCCCUAGGAGAUUCCGUUGAAACUCUACUUACGCCGCUCAUUCUGAAAACUCUCGAAACCGAACCCGAAAUACUAAUAGAAGCGAGUGUAGCUGCUGGCGCGAAUAUAUCGUUAUUUACUGCUGCCUUGAAAAGAUUCAAAGUGACAGUAACACGUAAAGAUGCGCAAGCUGGACCACCGCACGAGAUGUGCCAACUGGUGGUGGCGGCUAACUGUAUAUCGCAACACAGUGUUGAAACACUUUACCAUCUUACCGCUGCGCUUGCUAAUGACGGCAUACUCCUGCUACAAGAGCCAUGCCGGGCGCUUGACAAACUGGAUGUGGCCAAGAUAUUGGUGCAGGCCGGCCUCGUAUUGAUCGCCCGUCAGAUGACAGAUAAUUGUGAGUUGUUGCUGUUGCGACGUUCGGUUGCAUUGCCUAUUGAGCAUUUGAUCGUGGAAGUAGAUACAGACGAGUCCUUUACGUGGGUAAACUCAUUACAAAAUGCACUUGAACGCGCAAACAAGACGCCAUUACUAGUUUAUGUAGUGGCGCGCACACUGGACUCGGGUAUACUGGGACUGGGACAGUGCCUGCGCUUGGAGACAGAAGGAACUGUGCGCGUCUAUUAUCUGCCGGAUGCGCAAGAGCCUUUUGAUCCGAAGGCACCCGCCUAUGCAGCACAGGUGCAAAAGGAUCUCUUUUGCAACGUAUUGCGGGCUGGCGUGUGGGGUGCCUAUUGUCACCUGCCGCUUCUGAACGCUGGUGUGAUGGUUCAAAAGGUGGAGCACGCAUAUGUGAACACGCUAACACGCGGUGACUUGUCUGCACUGCGCUGGAUCGAGUCGCCGCUGCGUUUCGCGAAUGAGUUGCCAGUCGCACCUGAUGCCGAGCUGUGCCACGUGUACUGCGCGCCACUCAACUUUCGGGAUAUCAUGUUGGCCACCGGCAAGCUGCCACCUGACGCAUUGCCCGGGAACCUCGCGGAACAGGUAUCAGUAACUAUGUAAACUAAAAACUGUAUGACUAUAUUUCUUUAUUAUUGCCAAUUAAUUUUACUAUGUCAAAUAUUAUAAUUUAAAGUGAUAAGUAAUACCAUCACGCAG